GCAGCCCCCGCCCCUCGCGCCGCCGCCCCGCUGUCGCCUCAGCAGCCACCCCGCCGCCCCGGGUCAUGGUGCUGGGCCGCGGGCUGCUCGGCCGCCGGAGCCUCGCCGCGCUGGGAGCCGCCUGCGCCCGCCACGGCCUGGGCUUGUAACCCUCGCCGGCGUCCAGGCGCGCCGGUUGGGGUCGAGAAAAGGCCCCGCGGCACUUGAGUCAGACUUUGCGGGGGCUGAAGACAGAGUGGGGUCACUGGUCAGCUGGGGGUUGCUGGCGGAUUUGUGCCGGGCCCAGCCCUGCUGGGAGUCCUUCUCCAUCACACAGACUUAAGGAAGAGCUUGACUGUGGAACAGGGCACCAUGAAGGUUGAGUUACUGCCCGCACUGACCGACAACUACAUGUACCUGAUCAUCGAUGAUGAGACCAAGGAGGCCGCUGUCGUGGACCCGGUGCAGCCCCAGAAGGUUGUAGAAACGGUGAAAAAGCAUGGUGUGAAGCUGACCACGGUGCUCACCACUCACCACCACUGGGACCACGCUGGCGGGAACGAGAAGUUGGUCAAGCUGGAGCCUGGGCUGAAGGUGUGCGGGGGUGAUGACCGGAUCGGGGCCCUGACUCACAAGGUCACACACCUCUCCACACUGCAGGUGGGGUCUCUCAACGUCAAGUGCCUGUCCACACCAUGCCACACUUCUGGACACAUCUGCUACUUUGUGAGCAAGCCCAGCAGCUCUGAGCCUCCUGCUGUGUUCACAGGUGACACCUUGUUCGUGGCUGGCUGUGGGAAGUUCUAUGAAGGGACAGCGGAUGAGAUGCACAAAGCCCUACUUGAGAUCCUGGGCCGGCUCCCUCCAGACACAAGAGUGUACUGUGGCCACGAGUAUACCAUCAACAACCUCAAGUUUGCGCGGCACGUAGAGCCCAACAACACUGCCAUCCAGGAGAAGCUGGCCUGGGCCAAGGAGAAGUACAGUAUCGGGGAGCCCACGGUGCCAUCCACCAUCGCGGAGGAGUUCACCUACAACCCGUUCAUGAGAGUGAGGGAGAAGACCGUACAGCAGCAUGCUGGCGAGACUGACCCCGUGACCACCAUGAGGGCCAUCCGCAAAGAGAAGGACCAUUUCAAGGUGCCCCGGGACUGAGGCGGCUGUGGGGCCUGGGGUGCCCGUGGCCGCCACCACUCUCAAGCACAUUUGGGUAUUCAGAUGUUUUAGAUAAAUUUCCUGCCAGGAGUGCAGGAAAUCCAGUCUUGGUUUAAUUUUAAAUUAAUCUCAAAGCCCUUUGCCCGUGUUAUCAGAUGUUCUAAUGCAUAUUUAUAAGAGAAGUUGAAAGUGUAUUCCUGGA